AUGACAAACACAUAUGCAGCUGCUGUUACUCAGACACUCUCCGGUCGCACAACCCCUGAGAAUGAAACAACAGAUGCAAAUAAUGAUUAUCAGGGACAUACAGGUCUAUACGAAACAACAAGACCCAGCACUCCAACACAAUAUGAGACCCUGGGGUCCUCUCAGAACACAGACAUACCAACCCAUGACCCAACCA